CAAAAUUCCAAAGAAGUAACCGUAGUCAUGGCUUCUACUACGCAGUGCCCACCGUUCGGGUUCUCGGCGCAAUACUAUCAUGUCGGCAACGAUGGAAGCUGUGUCCGGCAGAGUAGCUUUUUUGAGGGUAACGUAGGUCUCAGUCAAGGAGUUGGGUAUUCUGUCGUUUUGGGUUUCGGAGCUUUCUUUGCUGUCUUCACCUCUUUCCUGGUAUGGCUUGAGAAGCAAUAUGUGGGGGCACAACACACAUCUGAAUGGUUCAAUACUGCAGGAAGAAGUGUUAAAACAGGACUCAUUGCUAGUGUAAUCGUAUCUCAGUGGACUUGGGCUGCCACAAUCUUGCAAAGCUCCAAUAUCACCUGGGAGUAUGGUGUUAGUGGUCCUUUCUGGUAUGCAAGUGGUGCCUCCAUUCAGGUACUCUUGUUUGGUGUUAUGGCUAUAGAGAUCAAAAGAAAGGCUCCUAAUGCUCAUACGGUCUGUGAGGUUGUAAAGGCCCGAUGGGGGACUAAAGCUCAUAUUGUCUUCCUUUGCUUCUGCUUCAUGACAAAUAUUAUUGUAACGGCCAUGCUUCUUCUUGGUGGUUCUGCGGUUGUCAAUGCGCUUACUGGGGUCAAUAUUUAUGCUGCAAGCUUUCUAAUUCCUAUUGGUGUCAUAGUCUACACAUUGGCUGGGGGACUAAAAGCUACUUUCUUGGCCAGCUAUAUACAUUCUGUUCUAGUGCAUGUGAUUUUGGUCAUUUUUGUAUACCUGGUUUACACGGCAAGUAGCAAGUUGGGUAGUCCGAAAGUUGUCUACAAUCAUCUCUUGGAAGUUGCCAACAAAUCAAGAAUAUGUCAAGAGCCAAUUUCUCAUGCUGGACAGGCCUGUGGACCUAUUGGUGGGAACUACAAAGGAUCCUACCUAACAAUGUUAAGUUCAGGUGGCCUUGUUUUUGGAAUUAUCAACGUCAUUGGCAACUUUGGCACUGUCUUUGUGGACAAUGGGUAUUGGAUGAGUGCCAUUGCUGCACGACCUUCAUCAACUCACAAGGGCUACUUGCUGGGUGGCUUGGUUUGGUUUGCCGUACCUUUCUCUUUGGCAACAUCACUGGGUUUAGGAGCUGUAGCUCUUGAUCUACCACUAACACAAAGUGAGGCCGGUCGUGGACUUGUUCCUCCUGCUAUAGCUAUAGCUUUGAUGGGAAAAACAGGAUCUAUUCUACUUCUUACUAUGCUUUUUAUGGCUGUGACAUCUGCUGGCAGUGCUGAGCUAAUUGCUGUUUCUUCCUUGUGUACAUAUGACAUAUACCGAACCUAUAUCAAUCCAAAUGCAACUGGAAAGCAAAUUCUGAAUGUUUCGAGGGUUGUCAUUCUGGCAUUUGGAUGUUUCAUGGGAGUGCUUGCAGUGAUACUGAAUCUGGUAGGAGUUUCAUUGGGUUGGAUGUUUCUAGCCAUGGGAGUUUUAAUUGGUUCUGCUGUUAUCCCUAUAGCUUUCAUGCUUCUAUGGAGGAAGGCAAACUCAUCAGGUGCUAUUGUUGGAACAAUCAGUGGCUGCAUUCUUGGGAUUAUCACGUGGCUAGCAGUGGCAAAAAUAGAGUAUGGGCGAGUAAAUCUUAACACAACCGGCAGGAAUGCACCAAUGCUUGCUGGAAACGUUGUCUCUAUACUGACUGGUGGAGCUAUCCAUACUGUAUUUAGUCUACUGUGGCCACAAAAUUAUGAUUGGGAGAGCACCAAGCAGAUAACUAUGGUCGAAAAGGAUAUGAACGAUUCGCCGGAUGAAGAAUUCAAGGAGGAAAAGCUGAAAAGAGCAAAAGCUUGGAUAUCGAAAUGGGGUAUCUGUUUCACUGUUGUGAUUUUGAUACUGUGGCCUGUUCUCUCUAUUCCGGCAAGAGAGUUCAGCUUGGGAUACUUCACAUUUUGGGCUGUCAUUGCAAUAGCCUGGGGUACCAUUGGAUCAGUUGUGAUUAUUGCUUUGCCUUUGAUCGAAAGCAGGGAAACAAUAAAAAAUGUUUUGAUUGGAAUAUUUACAAAUGCCAUUCACAAUGAAAAGAUUAAAGAAUUGAAUUCCAAAAUAGGUGAAAUCACGUUAGCGGAAACCAGAGGCUGAAGGAAUGUACUUAUAUUAGAGAAAGAGAAGACAAUGAAACAUGAAAAAUAGGGCGAAGAAUUCAUUCUGUUUCAUCAAAGCCACAAUAGUCUUCUCAUCUAAACUAUUGUCAAUGAUACAUGGAAGCUUAGAUUUCUGUUCAGAUUUC